AGCUCUGCUAUCUGGUGUUUUACAGAGACAGAGAGAGAUGCUCUGUUCCGGCCGACUUUUGGCCGUUUCCUUCCCGCUAAAUCGGUACUGCGCGUACAAAUUGCAUAGCUCUAGCUGCUCCGGAUUCAGCUACGCAAGAAGCCCCAAAUCAACAAGCAGCUCCAAAUGGAGAUCCAUGGCGAUGGCGUCCGACCCCGACUCCUCCUCUUUCGGUCCUUCUGUCGACUCUGAUCCUAAUCCCGCCGCCGAUACAAACCCUGCCGGAUUUUGUAUUAUAGAGGGGCCUGAAAUGGUGCAGGACUUUGCCAAAAUGGAGUUGCAGGAGAUCAAAGAUAAUAUUCGAAGCCGACGAAACAAGAUUUUCUUGCAUAUGGAAGAGGUUCGCAGGCUGCGGAUACAACAAAGGAUUAAAAGCGCAGAGCUUGGAACGUUAGAUCAAGAAAACGAACUUCCUAGUUUUCCGUCUUUCAUUCCAUUUUUGCCUCCCCUGAGUUCAGACAACCUUAAGCAGUAUUAUGCUGUCUGUUAUUCAAUUAUUGCGGGGUUUAUACUUUUCGGUGGCCUCAUAUCACCCUCUCUGGAGUUGAAGCUGGGGAUAGGAGGCACAUCAUACAAAGAUUUUAUAGUAAAUAUGCAUCUGCCGUUGCAGUUGAGCCAAGUUGAUCCCAUUGUGGCGUCGUUCUCAGGAGGAGCAGUCGGAGUGAUCUCAGCAUUGAUGGUAGUUGAAAUAAACAAUGUGAAACAGCAGGAGCAAAAAAGAUGCAAAUAUUGUGUUGGAACUGGAUAUCUUGCUUGUGCUCGCUGCUCAAGCACUGGAACCCUUGUUCUUACUGAACCAGUAUCAACAGUUGAUGGCAGAAGUCAGCCCCUCUCACUGCCUAAAACCGAAAGAUGUUCGAACUGCUCAGGAGCGGGAAAGGUAAUGUGUCCUACAUGCCUUUGCACUGGAAUGGCGAUGGCAAGUGAACACGACCCUCGGAUUGAUCCCUUCGAUUAGAAGUGCAAAGCCAUAAUUUGUUGUUGCCCUACCACUUAGAAACUUUUUAUUUUUCUCCUCUCUUUUGAUGCAAUGCAAUACAUACAUCGUCUUCUGAGUCGUUAUGUAACCAAGAACUUGUAUAUACAUCAAUUGUUCAGGAAAAAGGCUAGACAUCUUAAUAAAUUGAAAGGUUUCUUCCCUUGUGCAA